CGCAGAAGUUUGACGAAGACCAGGAACCUAUAACUUACAAUCAAGAAGCUAGCACAAAGAAAUCAAAUUGGUUUUUACUAGCUCGUGAAAACGAUAUUGGAUAUUGAACAUAUUGUAUAAUAUUGAAACUUGACUUCUAAAUAUUUAAUUUCCCUCCUGUUUAUAUAUUCGUAAGAAACCUGAAAGACUUCAGACUUUCUUUCUCCCUAAAGUUCUGGAGUUAAUAUUAAAAUAAGCACAUUGAACAUAGGACAGACUAUCGUGAUCUUUCAAAUUGCUGCAAGAUGUCGUUGUCGAAAUAUCUGUCUCCCCCGUUGACUUCCCUACCCCUAUGUCUCCCUCGUUACUAUGGUGGAGUGAUUCUUGUGGGUGUAGGUGCUCUCGGGCUUAACAUGUAUUUUGUCCGUCGAGUUAUCAAGGCUCGUAAGGAACACAAUGUUGAAUUACCGCUUCUUUACCAUCCAACCAACAAAGUUUUCAACUGUAUUCAGAGAGGACAUCAGAAUUAUUUGGAGAUUCUACCUUUCUUCCUCAUGACAUUGUUCGUUGGUGGUUUACGUUAUCCGCGCACAUAUACUGCUUGUGGUGUGAUAUUCCUUAUCGGUCGUCUGCUAUAUUUCCAAGGGUAUGCCACUGGAGAUCCCGCAAAGCGUCGUAAUGGUGCUGUUGCCAUGGUUGGGGGAAUUCCAAUGAUACUGGGUCUCUUUGUUUUCGGUGUUCAGCAUUUAGUAGCCAGUAUAAGAUGUACUUCUUGUGCAUUACGAGGUUAAGGCAGACCUUUGGUGGUGAUACUAUAGGAACCUACAUUCAUGGUGAUUUGAACAUUUGAUCUCUUCAUAUAAUAGUAGACCUUAUUUUUAUCAAUAUCAUGCAUGCAUUUAGAAUAAAGUGUUAAUUAACAGA